ACAUGAAAAUAAUGGUUAAGAUAAAUCUGUGCUGUUGAUCCCGACAUGAGGAUACGCUUCACGUCUCCACAUCCCAAAGACUUUCCAGAUGAUGAAAUCUAAAUUAUUGACACUAUUUGUUCUCUUUUGAUUUUUUACUAUUUUAUUAAUAUGAAAUAAUGCAUGCUGUUUAAUUAAAAAAAAUUAACUGUUUUCUUUAAAAUAUGUGUUUUAUGUAAGUAUUACAUUUGAUCCAGGAGAGGAAUAACAUCUGUAAGCAGAUCCACCUCCCAGCUCAGAGUGGCAGCAGUCGAGUUUUACAGUCCAUGAGACGCGGCUACACCAGGGAGGCGUACCUCGAGUUGGUGGAAAACAUUCGAAAGAUAAUACCAGAGGUCAGUCUGAGCAGCGACUUCAUUGCCGGUUUCUGCGGUGAGACAGAGGAGGACCACCAGCAGACACUGUCUCUGCUCCGGGAGGUGGGCUACAAUGUAGGCUUUCUGUUUGCAUACAGCAUGAGGAAGAAAACACACUCAUACCAUCGUUUACAUGAUAAUGUCCCUGUAGAGGUGAAGAAGAGGCAUCUGGAGGAGCUCAUAUCCGUGUUCAGAGAGGAAGCCUCUAAAUUGAACACAGCUCUCAUCGGGAGCACACAACUUGUUCUAGUGGAGGGAGAGAGUAAACGAUCGCCUGAGGAUCUCUGUGGUCGGAAUGACAGCAACGUAAAAGUGAUUUUUCCCAGAAAGCAUUUGCCCUCUGUCCCCACAGGCAUUAAUACUGCCCCGGUUAAAGCUGGAGACUAUGUACUGGUGAAGAUUACUUCAGCAAACUCCCAGAGUCUGCAAGGCCACGCCCUCAGCCACACCUCCCUGAACUUAUGAGCAGCAUCAUAACGAACAGAACACUGUAUGUUAAUGUUAGUAUUAGUGAACCACGUUUAUUGAACAAAUUAUAAAUUAAAAAUAUUGCUGUAAAUAAAA